CAUUUCUUCGUGUUGGGAAAAGGAAAAAUUCUGGCAUCGGACUUUACUAAAAUGGUACAAAUCAUUUGUAACCAGUUGCCGCAUGAAGACCCACGUACCUGGUACAUUCCGAAGAGUCAGAGCCAGGCAGCUGCAGGGUUACUAUUUACUCGGUAUAAAUAUAUGCAACAGCAUGAUACAAGAUUCAAGAAAGGUAUAUAUAAUCCAACAGCAGCCACAGCAGAAAAUGAACAACAGCCAGAAAGUCCAAAACGAUUUGAAGAUCAAUGGAAUCAAUUAAGUGCCGAAGAACGGGAUCAAUGCCAAGCUGCCAAAAUCAAAUUGAACAUAAUCGGAUUUGAUCGAAAGGAAGAAAUUAUGAACCUAUGGAUUACCAGCUACCCACUGCGACGUUUCCAGUCGGUCACGGGAAAAUUAGCGUUCGGAGAUUGGGAUGCCUUAACCCAUUAUGCGGAUGUGCAUCAAUUAAUAUCUGUGGACUUCAAAAAAAUUCUGCCGAAUCAUGUUCGGCUCGAGGAACGUAUUUUCCCUUUCGUUCGCCGAUUCAAAAACAUUUUCGAAAACUACAAACAGUUAAUUGUCGAGGACAUGGAUUUAUUGAACAAUUUGGCUUCUAUUUUUACAGACCAUUUUCAACUCACUGAGUACUCCAUAUUUCUCGCGUUGUACACAUUGCCAUUAAUAAUUCGUCAAUACUUCAUAAAAAGAGGAGGUAUAAAACGCACAAAACCGUCUUUAUUGCAAAGCAGACAAGCGUUCAUUUGUGUACUGGCGGUCAGAGCUGCGAUUAAUCCAAGCAACAUGCUGACUAUGAUGAGAGAGAAAAUAUCAUCGCACUCGUUUCUUUCUCUCAUGAAUAGCCAGCAACCAUCACAGUAAGCGUUGAGAUCCGACAAGUGAUUCAAUAUCUUGUCUCUUUUGUUGCCAUUUUCGGCUUCUCAUUGUCAAUCGUCGUGAAUAUACAAAGUUCACUCGGAAAUAUCACUGCAAUGCAAAUCAAGGUGAAUUUUGGAAUAUCAAAAAUCGUUUCAGUAGCGUGACUAUGUCAGUGCCAGCUUUGUUGCUAUCAGGAUUUAAAUUUAAAUUUGAUCUGCUUUGCGGUCCGUGACGAUCCCAACUUAAGAUAUGGCCACCAAUGAACUAGGUUAAUAAUUUCAAACCAGUGGUAAUAGGUGUCGCUUGAUGGGCUGGCACAACAACCCCGAGUAUUCGGAACAAAACCGAAACAGGUCCGCAUUUUCACAUUUUUCAAUGAGAGGCAUGGUAGGAUUUUAAGCACUUCUAAGCACUGCUUUGAUCAUCGUUACCAUGUUACUGAAACAUAUUCCGGCUAUAUAUCCGAAACCAGUCGAUUAACUCCGGCCAUCCUCUUCGUUUAAAAAAAAUAUGAAUGAAAACUAGUAGAAAAUCAAAACCGUUCCGAACCGAAAUUGAACAGUUUCAAAGUUGAACCGUGCCAAAAUUUAACAGGAUCUGUAUAUAAAUAUACAUACCCAUACAUAUUUAAAAGUUUUAUGUUUUACCACCCGCGAUUCAUUUUUUGCCGCGAACUAACACUGUUUUUAGUUUAACCUACAACAAGCACAAUAUUCAAGAAUCAAUUUAAUAAACUCAUGCUGUCAAAAAACAAAU